CUUGUAACCGAGUGUAAUGAGUUUUUGUAGGAAGCACUAUUAUUAUUAUUAUUAUUAUUUUUGACUUUUAUCGUGUCUUGGUUGCUUACCGCAGUUCUGUGUCGUUCUGCAUGGUGCACACAGUAAGAAGCUGGGUUGAUUCAAAUAUGGAUAGCUGCGUGAGGUUGAUGGUACGAAAGCAGUCGAGCGCGUUUCGACUUCACUUAAACGAAGGAACACCCUGCUUAUCAGUCGUAUUCGUGGUGGACGACUCCGUGGACUCUAUUAAUUCCGACCUGGUCGAGGUCCUACAGGAAAAUCAGGUACCGCAAGGUUUAAAAACCGUCAAAGAGACGGCAUCAUUGCGUGUAGAUACCAAUUUACCUCAAACUCAGUUUCGUGUUGAAGAACUUGUACGUUCUCGACAAAAUCCUUGGACGUCAUCGUUUAUCUGUGCCGUAUGUCGAAUAGAAACGCACAAUUUUCAACAGCUGAAUAUACAUUAUCGCGAACACCUGGUGGAUGGUCCUUUGAGAUGUUCAUAUUGUGAACGAGCGACGUUUUUUCAAAAGCUUGCCACCUUCAAAGAACAUCUUCGGAGUCAUUUGGAAACCACCAGAACAACCUCAGGCGUGACAAACUGUGUCAGUGACUGCACGAUGACACCUAAAAAAUUCGCAGCUGAAUGCGAGAUGUGCCAUAAGAAAUUCCAUACCGUAAAAGGUUUGGGAGCGCAUCGGAGAACUCAUAAAGCUCAACCUGGAGAAGUUGAACUUCAGAAAACCCACCGAAAAGACCAACGGUACCGCUCAACAGAUGAGAAGACCAACGAAGCUCACGGAAUAACUCAGCAGUCGGAACGACCUGCAACGGUGCGUGAAUUGCUGGCUGGUUCUACCUGCCGCCCUGGAUCGAACCUUGUCACAAAAAAAGGCCUGCUUCUUACUUGCCCUAUCUGCAACGCGGUCUUCAGCUUACAGACAAAACUGGAGUCUCACAUGCUCCGACUGCAUCACGAACAGCUAACUGACAGAUGUCCUCAAUGCGAUAAAGUUCAUUUGUCCAUAUCUCAGCUCCGAAAUCAUAUACUCGAAUGUCACACAGCUCACUUCUCUUUCUUGACGGAAGCUAGUUCAGACCCCUCAGGACAUCCGCAAAUGUCAUGUAACCAUUGCUCGCAAGUUUAUCAUGAUCCUGUGGAACUUCUCCGUCACUGCAAACUUAUCCACUCAGAUCACUGUCGCUCACUAUAUUGUCCUCACUGCGGCAAAAAAUUUUCUACACAAAAACGAUUUGCCAAUCAUUUAGCUUCCAAAGGAAAUGAAUGCGCCCGAAGACCAUCUUGCCAGAUAUGUUUUAGGGGCUUCUCUUCUCAGAAAGCUCUGGCCGAUCACAUGCGUUCGAUCCACCCUCAAGAUGGGCAGAUUCAUAGGAUGUGGUACUGCACAGAAUGCAAUGAAGGCUAUGCAACAAAAGCAGCGUUACGAUACCAUAUUAAAGCGAAACAUGGAUCUGAACGUUUUCCUUGCACGUAUUGCGAUAAGACGUUUGCUCUACCGGUGCAGAGACACCGACACGAAAGUCGUGUUCACCAAGGGAGUCCAAAACGUUAUGCAUGCAAUUUGUGCUCGAUGGCGUUCUUUACGACGAGAGAACUGCUCCAGCAUCUUCUAAACGGCCACAAAAUCGUGCCGGACGUGAAUGAGCGCGGGGAGGCAAUUCUACCUGAUGGAACGGUGGGUCCCACAAUGAAGUAUUAUGCUUGUCAACACUGCUCGCACAUGACGUAUUCCCGAAAAACUUUUAUUCGCCACCAGGCGAGCCAUACAGGAAUUUGGCCAUUCAAGUGCGACGUCUGUGGUAAGGGCUUUUCGGAACGUUUUCAAGCUUUAAAACACGUCCGAGUCCAACAUACCGUAGCACCAAAUAAUAGUCGAUGCGAUGCGCGAACAGCUUCCAGAACAAACGACAGGUCCGCGCACGAAAACGAACAGUGCACGCAGUCUGUUGGUGAAGAGAUAGCGUCCCAGGCUAAAGACACAGUUCAUACUUUGUUUACCAGCAGUAAGAUUAUACCCGGCUAUGGAAAACGAGAACACCAUAACAAAAACCCUGAAAAACAAAUGUUAGAGAACUAUACCUCGAUAUCAAAAGCUACCGACGUUAAAAAGUUCAAAAGGUGUAAGAUUCGUAAUGCAAAUCCUCAUCUUCAAUCACCAAAUGCCUUCAAAGGUUGGCCAUACCAGCCUUGUAACUAUCUUCGUCGCACGGAACGGACCAGUUGUUGGAGGUACCGCUGCAGGCGCUGCUCCAGAAGCUUCCAGGGCCCAGGGGCUUAUUUGGUACACCGCUAUCGUCUUUGCCAAGCGCUUCAGCAGGUGGUUUACCGUAGCUGUCCAUACUGUCCUGUACAGAUCGUUUCAUGGGCUGUAUUCCAGAUGCAUCUUCGAAUGCACAGAUAUUCCGAUAUUAAAGCGUAUGCUUGCUCAAUAUGUACAGCCGAAUUUUCCUUCGAGUCAUCUCUAACUGUCCACAUACGACAAAGCCAUCCUGAAGUAGGGCAUUCUCGUUUUACGUGUCCUCGUUGCAGACGACGAUUCCUCACUGAGUGGUCAAUGAGAACACAUCAAAAGAAGCACGGACAAUCUGACCGAACCGAACUAAAUAUUAUCGAAAAUAGCGAAGAGUUGUGCCCGUCAGUUGGCACUUCUGCCGCUAAAAAUCGUGGCAGUCUUUUUGUGGCCAUUGAGGCGACAACUGGUACCUCAACGAAUGUAGAAGAGGUGAUAAUCUCAUCAGAAGAGUUACUCGAAAUCGAACAAAUGGAUCAGCAAAGUGUAUAGGAUAUUGCGAACGUCAUUAACGUAGUCUCUUGCAUUGAUUAAAACGUUUUUAAGCUAUGAUUCGUUCUCAUCAACUUAUUCAAAGAAGUCCUUAGGAUUUAUUUAGCAUGAUAAGUAUUUGGUAUGACUAAUCGCUCGAUUUUACUUAUUAAAAUCAGAUUGUAGUGUAGAUCUCAAAUCAGCUUUAACAUGUCGACAGGCGAUAAUAAAUUUAGAGAUGUCUUUAGUCAGAAAACCUGUCAGUUUUUUUUUAUCCUUUAUCAUUUUUGAUUGUGCGACUUAUAUACAUUUAGUUCGCAUAAUAGAUGUUUGCCAGAAUUAAGGCAAAUUAAAUUACUUGAAGUAAACCCCUAAUUGCUCGUCUGUUAGGGAGUUAUAACAGGAAUUUAACUUCUCCAACAAUUUUAAUUUCGUUGUUGAGAACAUGUGCGCAGCUUCAUAUUUGACACUCGCAGUAAAACACAAAUCUUCUGCUAGUCUAACUGUGCGUGACAAUUUCUCAUUCUAUCGAAGACCACAUUCUAAUUAAGGAAUAGCUUAUAACAAAUAUUGGAGUUGUGGCUUGUUUUCGACUGGUUUAAUCAUUCAAACUUAUUUUCUCAGUUCUGUGUAAGCUCUUUUGACAAGUAUAUACAUUUGCAAUCUCAGAAGAGGUCUGAUUACUUGUGAAAGCUUGUAAAAAAAAUGGUUUAAUCUCUAUAGUACACGGGACAGUAUUUAUCUCUGUUCUACUAAAUGUCUUUUACCUCAUUAAAAAGGACAAAAAUUUCUCACGAUGAGUACGCCACCAGGCUUCUUUUAUUCGUUCAUGCCACUCAUUUACUGUGGAUUAUAGAAUUUAGAUAAAAUACAACAAUUUUAAUGUAAUUAAAAAAUAUGCUUUAAUAACUUGUAAUCGUCUAUACGGAAUGGUUUACGGCAUCUCCGAGCACUUGAGGCCAGGAAGUCUUCGAUUUUAAUCUGAUUGGGUAUAUGCAGAUCGGUGUGAUCUCUUAUUAAUUUAUUAAUAAAGAAAACUAGUAUACUUUUUAUUCAUACAUUGGUCCUACAUUUGAUAUUCAACGAUCAUAUAAGAGUUGUUAAAACCCAUGCAAACGCUUAAUAUGAAAAUGAAUCAAAACAUUUUAAUUUCACGUGAUAUACUUGCGUCUUAUAUUUUAACUGUCAAGUCUGCGCUGUUAUAUGCAUGCAUUUGAAAAAUAUGCAUUCCUUAUAUGAGUGAUACUGCCUUUUAUGUCGCAAUGGCCUUUUUGAAAUUUACACAAUACUCGAACAGGAUCUUCUCUUGCCCUUGGCCCUUACGCAUAAUGCAUUGAUGAAUUAGAAAUUUUCUUUGAUUCAUACCAUCCUGUGUGAGCUUAAAAUGUCAGUAGACAUACAGUUAUCAAUAGAACGGUGUGACCUAAACGUAUGUGACUAAUCAUAGCCCCAUUAAUACAUUUUGUACAUAUAUAGAUCAAUCAUUGGCAUCAAUAAAUGUUACCUUACAACUUGCAGCGUUUUCUCGCAUUAUAUCUUAAUUAAAGUUAUCAUAUAUAAUUAACCUUACUUAAUAUUAAUUUAACUUGGUUUGAUCAUAACGAUUGUUUGCCAAAAAUAGCCAACUGACCCAGAUGUAGCGGGGUCAAGAUGAUUAUUCCUAAAUAAUGACUCACGGUUAUUCGAAGUUACCGUCUAUACAUGAUUGCCACCUGCGGUUGUUCAGGGAAGUUGUACACUGCGUCUAGGACCGCCCGUUGCGGCAUGAAUAUCAAAAGUGAAUCAAUGAAUCUCAAAUGGUUUGAUAUAAGGUAUUAACUAAUCAUCCACCAUGAAUCUGCCUGUCAAAACGAUAAGGGUGACGAUGAUAACGGUUAUUUUCAUUACAUUUCGUUCAGAUGUUUUAUUAGCUAUAGCAAGAACUAAUAAUAGUAGCAACGUGUCCAUUAAUAUGAAUAUCAAUUAAGUGUAUAUUGCCAUCCUGAACAAGUCUCGUUCAGGAGGUACAGUAUUUUUGUCAAGUGCAAUAAACCACGUAAUGGGAGACUUGCAUGUCGUUUGUUCAUUGCAAAUGUGUCUAGUACCUAUUUUGACUAAUUUAUUGCAAAUAAGUUUCGAUUCUUAUUUCUUAAUAGACGCCAGUAUAUAGGGAUUUUGCAGUCUUUAGAAUCUGUGACUGCGAUUUCAUUGCAAAAAUGAUCCUUCAUAAAAAUCUCGUGUUUUAUAUUUACGAACAAGAGUGAUCUAAAAUCAAUAAACUAUUUCACGUGAACUUAUUUGAUCGGUAUCCCACUCCGGAUUAGGGCCGGACAUUGGCCGACACCUCAGGAAUGUACGCAGAUCGAUAAUGGACUCCAUUGUUCGACAGACUUGAACAGAGGCAGUAUGUAUACCGUCUCUUAUAUAUAAGGGCGACUAAUAUUUAAAGCAAAUAAAGAAUCACAUUCUUCAUUAGCUAAAUGUCGCCAUUUAGAUAACUACUGCGCUUGUACCUUCAUUACGCCCACUUCCUCUAGCUGACUAUGUUGAGAAACGUAUAUGAUAUAUAUUGAUCUUUAGUACGACGAAAGCAGAGUCACAAUUAGCCAUCAGAAGCUGAUGACAAGAGCUCUUAAAAUAAUUAAACUUCAUAACCAAUUUAGAUAUUAAUUUGUUAUGGCGUUAAGUAGCAUUCUUCCAAUUACGAAGCAAAAUUCCUUACAUUUGAGCUGCCAAUUCUCGGUAAAUGGGUCUUGAGGUUUAUAAAGAGUUUUAUUAGAUGAAUCAGGGAGUAGUAUGGCAGUACACCACAGUACGU